CAAGCUCUGGGAGAAAUGUCGCGCAGAAAAUUAUGCGAUUUAGGCCGCGCUUUGUGGCAGAAAAACAGCACUGCCCAGCUGUCUGCGGCCAUAAUAACAACUCCAGCUUUAUCGUGUGGUAGUUUUGCAUCGGUCGGUUCUGCACAAAGCGAUCAGAAAUGCUGCAAAGAUGGACAAACCGAAUGCCCACCAAACAAGGUGCCCACGCCGCACAGACACCACCAUGGCGGGGGGAAAGGAAAGACCGAGGAGCCUUUAACAAAAUCCGGGAGGGCUUUUUCUUCAACUGCCCCCCAGAUCGACCACAAGACUUACUUAUGGGCAAGAUACAACGAGAUGAAACGACUUGUGCAUGAUUUGAUUCCUCCUGGAGUGUGCAACCUGCUCAAUCCUUCAACCAUCUAUGCCAACAACGAGGUAAACCUGGACGAGGUGGACAUCUAUGGCUUCGAUUAUGAUUACACCCUGGCUCUCUACUCCAAUGCACUUGAUGAAAUGAUCUACAACAAAGCCCAGGACUUUCUCAUUGAGCAUUACAAGUAUCCUGAAGCCAUCAGAAAGUACAGAUACAUCCCCAAUUUUGCAGCUCGUGGUCUUCAUUAUGAUAUCCAAAAGGGACUCCUGAUGAAAAUAGAUGCAUUCCAUUAUAUUCAGAUGGGUACUGUGUACAGGGGUCUGAAGCCUGUUCCAGAUGAUGAGGUCAUGCAGCUGUAUGGAGGUUCCAACCACAUUCCCCUUCACCAAGUUAGCGGCUUCUACGGCAAGGGCCCCAGGAUGAAACAGUUCAUGGAUGUGUUUUCUAUCCCCGAGAUGACACUUUUGGCAACGGCUAAUGACUUCUUCAUUUCUAAUGAUAUUGAAUAUGAUCCAGUGCACCUAUACAAGGAUGUGUCUGAUGCUGUUGGAAUGGUGCACAUCAAAGGGUACAUGUACAAGUGGAUAAUGCAAGAUUUAGAGAAAUACAUUCUGCGAGGAGACGAAACUUAUGCUGUUCUGCAUCGGCUGGCCAGCCACGGCAAAAAGCUCUUUCUUAUUACUAACAGCCCCUUCAGCUUUGUAGAUAAAGGCAUGAAGUACAUGGUCGGAAAAGACUGGAGGGACUUCUUUGAUGUUCUCAUUGUUCAAGCUGAGAAGCCACACUUUUUUAAUGACUGUGUGAAGCCUUUCAGACGUUUGGACAGUAAUGGAGACCUACAGUGGGACAAGAUCAGAAGUCUGGACAAAGGACAGAUUUACAAACAGGGAAACCUUGUUGAUUUCCUCAAGCUGACCGGAUGGCGUGGCUCCAAGGUGCUCUAUUUUGGGGACCAUCUUUACAGUGACCUGGCAGACCUUAUGCUACGACAUGGCUGGAGGACGGGAGCCAUUGUUCCUGAGCUGGAGGUGGAGACGAAGGUGGUGAACACGGAGCAGUACGCUCAGAGUCUCACGUGGCUCCAGGCUCUAACUGGCCUUUUGGAACGCAUGCAGUUGUAUCGAGAUCCUGAGUCCAAAAAAGUGCUUCAGGAAUGGCUGAAAGAAAGAGAAGAGCUUCGGGCUGUCACCAAAAACCUCUUCAACCCUCAGUUUGGCAGCAUCUUCCGGACAUGCCACAACCCCACCUACUUUUCCCGCCGCCUUUGCCGCUUUUCUGAUCUCUACAUGGCCUCCAUCAGCUGCUUGCUAAACUACGAUCUGUCAUACACAUUUUACCCUCGUCGCACACCCCUGCAGCAUGAGGCACCACUCUGGAUGGACCAGCUCUGCACUGGCUGCAUGAAGACGCCGUUCCUGGAAGAAAUGGCCCACAUCCGCUAAACAAGCUGCUCCACGACGCUGUCUGAUAUCGCACAAAUGUGAACCAAUUUACUAAUGCCAACUGUAACCGGCAUUCUGUGUCUCAAGAAUCAGGGUAAUACUGCUGAUGUGUGCAGGAAAGCAAUGAUCACCUUGCCCAACAAUCAGUUUCAACCUUGCGUGCAAGGCAUUUAGUCUCCAGUAGGUUUGUCUCUUUAUUAGAGGUCGGAGUGUUGAAUUUUAGGAAAAGUGGCAGAAUUUUGAGCUAAUAAACUGGAAUUCUGUUACAUCAUCAGUGUUUACAAGCCCUUUAAAAGUUGAUCGAGGAUGUAAUCAAAACUACAAUUUAAAAGGGCUCAUGCUUUGCUUGCCAUGUAAUAAUAACAUUUGUUUUUAAGACAAAUGAAGCUAUGUACAAUGGUAUUGACUACCUGUUUUAUUCUUUUGAGUUUACCUGUUACACACACGUAUUAUUUUGUCAGUGGACUGAUAAAGAGAAACGCACAGAAAGAGGUAAGAGUUAGACAUGGCUCCAUACACUCUUGUUUUCAUUUUGUUUUUUUUCAUUCACCUGAAUCAUGAUGUACUUAUGUAAUUUUGUCUGUUUUUGUAAUCUCUGCAAGGCUUUCGUGUUGGUUCGUCAAACUAACCAAAUAAAAUAAUAUCUAACACUU